UGUCACCGGUGACCGGUCUACUCUUUCGAAAUCAUAACACCGCAAAACACACCCUGUCCGCUGCCCUUUGAAGAAAACCCGUAUUCAGGCUCCACAAUACAAACUCUCUUUUCCUGUACUUCAACAAUGGCGACGUUAGCUAGAUUUUCAAGAAAAACCCUAAAACUUAUUCCCUCGUUUUCAAUCUCCCCUCAACAACACAAUCACCACCGUCCUCUCCGCUCUUUUUCAUCGGCCGCCUCCGCCGCCGUGGAAACUCACCAGCAAUCUCCGAAGCGAGAGAUAGUUGAAAAUCCAGAUCGAGUGAAGUGGGACUAUAGAGGACAGAGAUUGAUGAUUCCUUUAGGUCAAUGGAACCCUAAAAUCGCUGUUGAUGCCUAUGUUGCUCCUAAUGUUGUCCUUGCUGGUCAGGUUACUGUCUGUGAUGGUGCUUCCGUUUGGAAUGGCUCUGUUCUUCGCGGUGAUCUCAACAAAAUCACUGUUGGAUUUUGCUCUAAUGUUCAGGAAAAGUCUGUUCUUCAUGCUGCCUGGUCUUCUCCUACAGGUCUACCGGCUGAGACAUCUAUCGAUAGAUUUGUGACUGUUGGUGCAUACUGUCUCCUAAGAGCAUGCUCAAUUGAGCCGGAAUGCAUCAUAGGACAACACUCAAUUCUAAUGGAAGGUUCUUUGGUUGAAACUCAUUCAAUACUCGAAGCGGGUUCUGUGGUUCCUCCAGGAAGAAGGAUUCCUACUGGUGAACUCUGGGCUGGUAAUCCAGCCAGAUUUGUGAGAACCUUGACUCAUGAAGAGACCCUUGAGAUACCUAAGCUGGCCGUUGCAAUCAAUGACCUGAGCAAAAGUUACUUCUCGGAGUACCUUCCAUAUUCGACGGUAUAUUUGGAGGUUGAGAAGCUAAAGAAGAAGUUGGGGAUAAAUAUUUGAAAUUUUUUUUUUUUUGGUUUAGGAGAUUUUCGUGUUUCAUCUCUGAAAUAAGCCAAGUAUCAUGACUCAAGUAACAUGAUUUUUGCAUUGUAUUCACUAAUGAUUUUGCCGUGUUCAUUAAUUUUGGACCUUCAUUUAUUUGGAUUUUGUGUUUGUUAACCCUGUUAUGUGGGCUUGAAGCCAAAAAAUAAAAGUUUCUUAAUUUUCGUCGGA